AUGGAGGAAGCAGCAGCCGGCUCCGGCGAGGAGGAGGUGUACUGCGCGGUGGGGAAGGAGCAGUGGAACUGGAAGGCGAACCUGCGGUGGGUGCUGGCCAACUUCCCCGGCCGCCGCCUCGUGCUCGCCCACGUCCACCGCCCGCCGCACCGCAUCAACAUGAUGGGGGCGUGGGUGCCGGUGAGCCAGGUGGGGGCGGCCAUGGUGGCCGCGUGCAGGAAGUGGGAGGAGGACGAGGCCAGCGAGGCCCUCGACCAGCUCGUCCGCAUGUGCAAGAUCCAGCGGGUCCACGCGCGCAAGGUCAUCGUGUCCGGCGACGACCUGGCGGGCGGCCUGGUGCAGCUCGUCGCCGACCAUGCCGUCGCCGAGCUCGUCAUGGGCGCCGCCGCCGACCGGGCCUACUCGAGGAAGAUGCGGGCGCCCAAGUCCAAGAAGGCGGCGACCGUGCAGCUCAAGGCCAACCCCUCUUGCAGGAUCUGGUACGUCUGCAAAGGCAAGCUCAUCUGCACGAGAGAGGCCAGUGAAGAGGGGCUGGUAAGCAGAGGAGAGCCAUCCACGGCGAGCACCAGCCCACGCCCAACCGCCUCCGACUGCUCGACAUCGGCAUCCUCGUCGCACCGCCACGGCGAUGGCGCCGCCGAGCGGCUCGGCAUCCAUGACUCGACCACGCCCUCACAACACCAUGACUCGGGUGACGCCGGCGAGAUGGACGAUGCGUUGGCGGAGAAGCUCAAGGCCGAAGGGACUCGCCGGGCACCUGUAGCUGCGGUGGAAUCUGUGCCCGUGACAGAUGGUGAUCAAGCUGUAGGUGUCUUGCGGUUCGGUUUGCCGGAGCUGGAGGAGGCGACAGGCCGUUUCGACGAGUCCUCCAGGAUCGGCAGUGCCGGCAUUGGCCGCGCCGGCGUGUACAGAGGGAGCCUGCGCGGCAUGAACGUCGCCGUCAGGGUCAUCUCCCCCGAUGCCGCCGUCGGCGAGGCGCGGUUCGCUCGCGAGGCGGACGCCAUCAGCCGGGUGAGGCACCCAGGCCUCGUGGCGCUCAUCGGCGCGUGCCCGGAGGCGCGCGCCGUGGUGCACGAGCUCGUGCCGGGCGGUAGCCUGGAGGACCGCCUAGCUCAAGGAGGCGACGGGACGCCGCCGCUGCCGUGGAGAGCGCGGUGCGCUGUGGCGUACCAGGUAUGCUCUGUUCUGGCAUUCCUUCACUCGUCAGCGAAGACAGUGCACGGCGACGUCCGCCCGGCGACCAUCCUCCUGCUCGACGACGACGAGGAGGAGCACCUCCUCACCGGCAGCAAGCUCGCCGGCCUCGGCAUGCGUGGGCUCGUGUCGGAGCAGCGGCGGGCCGGCCGCGAAGCGCUGGCGUACGUGGACCCGCGGUACCUCGCGACUGGGGAGCCGACCCCGCAGUGGGACGUGCACGCCCUGGGCCUGGUGCUCCUCCGGCUGGUCGCGGGCAUGACAGCGCGCGCGGCAAAGAAGGCGGCUCGGGAGGCCGCCGCCGACGGGCGCAGGGGCUGGAGCGAGGUGGUGGCCGCGAGCGCGGGAGGGUGGCCGUUGGAGCUGGCCACCGAGGUCGCGCUCCUCGGCCUGCGAUGCUGCGCCGUGAGCGACGGCCGAGAGCCGUGUCGCCCGGCCGGUGAGCUGCUCGAGGAGGCGCUUACCGUGCUGAAGGCAGCGAUGGACGCCGCACCGGGCAGGACGUGGACGUCAUCACUGUUAUCGUCGUCGGAGACGGGGGCGUCCCACGGCGGCGGAUCAGAGUGCCACCAGCAGCAGCAGCGGGUCCACAAGGUAGUUGAUGCAGCGGCACAAUGA